GGCAAAAAGAGAGAGGGAGUGAAGGAGGAAGGGGGGAGGAAGUGUGGAAGGGAGGAUUGGAACACUCCCUGAGAUGGGCCGGUGUUUCUCAAAGUGUCCCACACUUUGCUCAAUUCCCACAGUGGGACGGGCACGAGGGGGCAUGUGCUAUACAUGAAUGUCUCGACAGAAUCUCAUCUAUAGAGAUACGCUGCCAUACGUCUCCGCUGCUCAGUGUGUCCCCACUGUCAAACAUCUACAGGACCCCCGGGCCGCAGAAUAAGAGCCUAUUUAUUCAUCUGAAGAGGACCACAGAAGACUCAGAGACACAAGUCUACAGUCAGACAGUGCUGUUGUGUAGCAAUGGGGGACUGGAGUCUCCUGGGUAAUUUUCUGGAAGAAGUUCAGGAGCAUUCCACGACCGUGGGGAAGGUCUGGUUGACCGUGCUGUUCAUCUUCCGCAUCCUGGUCCUGGGCACGGCUGCGGAGUCAUCAUGGGGUGACGAGCAGUCCGACUUCAUGUGUGACACGCGACAACCUGGUUGCACCAAUGUUUGUUAUGACCGAGCCUUCCCCAUCGCUCAUAUCCGAUACUGGGUGCUACAGAUCGUCUUCGUCUCAACUCCAUCCCUCAUCUACAUGGGCCAUGCCAUGCACACGGUCCACAUGGAGGAGAAACGGAGGCAGAGAGAAUUCGAGGCGAAAGCUACAGCAGGAAAUGAAGAGGCACGAGGAGAAAAGGCGUAUUUGGAACAGAAAGAGAAAACCGAAGAGGCACCGCCAAAGAUCCUCCUCCGGGGAGCGUUGCUUCAGACAUAUGUCCUAAGCAUUUUGAUACGUUUAGUAAUGGAAGUGACCUUUGUUGUGAUCCAAUACAUGCUGUAUGGAAUCUUUCUUGGUGCACUGUACCACUGCGACACAUCACCAUGCCCCAACCCUGUGAAUUGUUACAUGUCCCGGCCGACUGAGAAAAACGUCUUUAUAGUGUUUAUGCUAGUGGUGGCAGCUGUUUCGCUCUUUCUCAGUGUGCUGGAGCUGUACCACAUCGGCUGGAAACAAUGCAGGCCGUGCAUUAAAAAGUAUGCCGACAACCACGCCAAUGAUGUCAGGAACAAAACUGACAAAGCUGUCAAACCUAGAAGAGCAACUAUUUCAAUAGAAAUGCCUGAUACGGCUAAAGUACCAGCUCCUAGCCAAACCUGUACCCCACCUCCAGAUUUUAACCAGUGCCUGGCAUCAAGUCAAGGACCAACAUCACCCCCGCAUCCUUAUCACCACCAUCCUUAUCAUAUCCACCAAAGCUGCCAGCCCUUUAAUAACCGCUUAGCCCACCAGCAGAACUCUGUCAAUAUGGCCACAGAACGGCACCAUCACAGUCAUGACAACCUGGAGCCUCACGAAGACUUCCUGCAGAUGAGCGGUGGGAGCCCUCUGCCCAGCGCCCCCUCAACACCAUCAUCCCACCCAGACUUUUUCAGAGACAAGCGUCGCCUUAGCAAGACAAGUGGCACUAGUAGUAGCAGGGUCAGACCUGGUGACCUGGCUGUUUAGGCUGGGUUAAAGCAUAGCGUUCUCAAAGGAAGAGAAGUCAAUAGAAGAAAGAUGGUUGAGUUUGCUUGUCUGUUGGUAUUAGUCGUGGUUUGGACUAUUUCAGUGGCCACAAAGAGAGAAUGAUAUAAUGAGAGUUGGCAGGAGAGAAUCUGUAUCAGAGCAUUUAAUCUGGUUUCCUUGAAACCUGUUACCUGUUGUAAUAGUAAUUGAAUGUAGAUUUUUACAGAGUGAGACAGUCAUCUUAAAUAAACGGUUUUCAAUAUGACAUAUUCAGUAGUAGAUGAAUGAAUUAAACAUGAGAAAACUACUGAUAUGAUGUUGGUUUCAAGCAUAAAAUAUUUUGGGAUAAUUUAUCUAACUAAUAAAGUUGGCAUUUUAAUAACCUCAUGACACCAAGCAAAUAUAGAGACGAUAUUAAAGCCAAUUGGCUUUUUAGAAAAAGAAAAGCCUGUAGAUAUGUCCUGCUCAAUAGUUCAACCAAAAAUGAAAAUUCUGUCACUCACCCUCAAGUUGUUCCACAUCUGUAUACAUUUCUUUGUUCUGUUGAACACAAAGAAAGAUAUUUGGAAGAAUGUUAGUAAUUUCCAGUUCUGGAACAUCAUUCAAUAACAUAGUAGAAAAAAUAUAUACUGUGUAGAUGCUCUCAGAUAACUGUGAAUAACAUCAGAGGUAUUGUCUUGAUGUUAAGGAUUAUGACUUCUGAAAGUGCCUUUUGAGAGAGUAGAUCACAACACUCUACAUCUUUGUGUGACGGUAAAAUAUCUGAAUGAUCUUGUUCUCAGAAGCACAGACGGCAAGAGCAAACAUGAAGUUAAAUAUUUUAAAUAUGCAAUUUUAUGACAUCAUUCUUCUGAUUCGUGGAAAGCAAGGUUUGUUUUCACCAAAGCACUUCCAUAGAUUUCUGUUUUAAAUGACAUUGUGUCAUGGCAAAUAUUUCAAUAUCUGGUCUCAUAAGAAACUUCCCAGCUAACACAGUUACGUUGUGACGACGUACAUGGACCGGACCAUAUUCGUUGCCAAGACGUAACAUAAUAACGUUCCAGCGACGUAACAUUGGACGUUGUUGGAAUAACCUCCUGAAGACAUACCUGGAACGUACCAUAUUCGUCGCAGCUACAUAUCAAAUAACGUUUCUGGAACGUGAUGAGCAUGUCCUAACGACCAAACAGUCACGUUGUUAAAAUCGUUUUUAUUUAUUUAAUUUAAACAAUUAUCAUCCCUCACAUGGAGGAUUAAAUUAAUUUGUGACUUAAUCUGUGCUUUAAAG